UUUAACUCUUUUAAUUAUUCUCUUCUUACAGAUGGCUUGUAUUAAAGAGGAGACUGAAGACAUGAACAUUGAGUUUAAUAAAGAAGAGACUGAAUACAUAAAGAUUGAAGAAACAUUCAGAGUGAAACAUGAAGAAACUGAGGAACAAACAGACCUAAUGUCACUGAAAGAAGGGAGUCAUGAACCUAAUGAAAGGGAAGAAGAGAAAAAACAUUAUGAUAAACAUCAUGAUCUCAUGAAUGGGGAAAGAUCGACACAGGUUUCCUCACAAAAAAGAGCUCAAAAGACAGGAACUAAGAGUUUCACACACAAAAAACACCUUGAAGUCCACAUGAGAAUUCAUACUGGAGAGAAGCAUUUCACCUGCCAGCAAUGUGGACAGAUUUUCAGACAUAAAGGAAGCCUUAAAUACCACAUGAGAAUUCACACUGGAGAGAAACCUUUCACCUGCCAACAGUGUGGAAAGAGUUUCACACGUGAAGAAAACCUUAUAGUCCACAUGAGAAUUCACACUGGAGAAAAGCCAUAUAUCUGCCAACAAUGUGGAAAGAGUUUCAGUCAAAAGGGAAGCCUUAAAGACCACAUGAAAAUUCACACUGGAGAAAAGCCAUUCACCUGCCAACAAUGUGGACAAAGAUUCAGACAUAAAGGAAGCCUUAAAAUCCACAUGAGAAUCCAUACUAAAGAAAAGCCUUUCACCUGCAAACAAUGUGGAAAGAGUUUCAGUCAUAAAGGAAGCCUUAUAGGCCACAUGAGAAUUCACACUGGAGAGAAGCCUUACACCUGCCAACAGUGUGGAAAGAGUUUCACACAUGAAGAAAACCUUAAAGUCCACAUGAGAGUUCACACUGGAGAAAAGCCAUAUAUCUGCCAACAAUGUGGACAGAGUUUCAGUCAAAAGGGAAGCCUUACAGCCCACAUGAAAAUUCACACGGGAGAGAAGCCUCACACCUAUCAAGAGUGUGGAAAGAAUUUCAGUAAUAAAGGAAAACUUGAAAUCCACAUGAGAAUUCACACUGGAGAAAAGCCUUUCACCUGCCAACUGUGUGGACAGACUUUUAGUGAGAAAGGAAACCUUACAGUCCACAUGAGAACUCACACUGGAGAAAAGCCUCAUACCUGUCAAGAGUGUGGAAAGAGUUUCAGUCAAAAAGGAAGCCUUAAAGACCACAUGAGAAUCCACACUGGAGAAAAGCCUUACAGCUGUCAAGAGUGUGGACACAGUUUCACUGUAAAAGGAAAUCUUAAAGUCCACAUGAGAAUUCACACUGGAGAAAAGCCUUACACCUGCCAACAGUGUGGACAGAGUUUCAGUCAAAAAGGAAGCCUUAAAGACCACAUGAGAACUCACACCGGAGAAAAGCCUCAUACCUGCAGUCUGUGUGGGAAUGGCUUCACACGGGAACGAAGCCUUAGGGAACACAUGGAUAUUCACACUGAAGAGAAGCCAUUUACAUGUGAUCAGUGUGGAAAGAGUUUCAUAUUUAGAAGGGACCUUAAGGUCCACAUGAGGAUUCACUCGAAAGAGAACUGAACUGAACUUUUAGAAGUCGUACCUGUGGAAAAAGCAGAGGUGUAAAUAGUACCUGAAAACCAUUCUUGAGUAAAAGUACAGAUACAUUACAAUGAAAAUUAAUCCAUUACAAGUUAGCAUUUCUAAAACAACUUGAGUAAAAGUCUUGGAGUAUCUGAUUUUAACUGUACUUAAAGGGAUAGUUCACUCAAAAAUGAAAAUUUGAUGUUUAUCUGCUUACCCCCAGGGCAUCCAAAA